AUGAAAGGAACGCUUCACGUCGGUCUUCUCUUGCCUGAAUCGCAUCAAUUGUUAGAUGGCGCUGGUCCAAUUGAUAUGAUAACGAUGUUGACUCCUGCAUUUCUUGAUGCUUGCCAUGCUCCACCUUCACUACGUGAUAAGGCUGUUCCAAUGGAAUUUCACUAUAUUUCUCACUCUCUCGAGCCUGUUUCUCCUGCUGCAGGACCCCGACAACUGCCUACAUGUACUUACGCAACUUGCCCACCUCUCAAUCUGUUGAUGAUACCAGGUUCGCCUCCAGAUGCUCAUUUCUCGCCGGAAUUAAUUCGUUUCGUUCAGGAGCGAGUAAAUGAAGUUGAGAUCGUGAUGAGUAUCUGCACUGGAUCGCUCAUACUGGCUCAAGCUGGUGUCCUCAAUGGAAAAAAGGCAUCAACCAACAAAAGCGCAUAUAAAUUUGCAACCGAAAAAUUUCCACAAGUUCAAUGGAUGCCAAAAGGUCGAUGGACUGUGGACGGUAAAUUUUGGACUGGUAGUGGAAUUACUGCUGGUAUGGACAUGAUGUCUGCCUUUCUGAUGUCACGUUAUGAUCACGAUCUAAUUAAGUGGCUUCAUGCAUUGGCUGAAUUUCAACCCAAACAACAAGAUGAUGAUCCUUUCGUAUGGCUUUUGGAUGACAGUCAUAAUCAUUAA